UUUCAACAGUGAGGCUUCCUGCAAAAAACGUGAAGAUUAUUUGGAAUGGCCUGAAUAUUUUAUGGCAGUAGCUUUUUUGUCAGCACAAAGAAGCAAGGAUCCAAGUUCUCAAGUUGGUGCCUGCAUUGUAAAUUCAGAAAACAAGAUUGUUGGAAUUGGAUACAAUGGGAUGCCUAAUGGCUGCAGUGAUGAUGUACUACCCUGGGCAAGGACAGCAGCACAUAAAUUAGACACGAAAUAUCCUUAUGUGUGCCAUGCCGAAUUGAAUGCCAUCAUGAACAAAAACUCGGCUGAUGUGAAAGGCUGCAGCAUGUAUGUUGCCUUAUUUCCAUGUAAUGAAUGUGCGAAGCUCAUAAUCCAGGCAGGCAUAAAGGAAGUUAUUUUUAUGUCUGACAAGUAUCAUGACACUACAGAAAUGACAGCUGCACGGCGGAUGUUUGAUUUAGCAGGUAUUAUAUACAGGGAGUUCAAGCCAAAGUGUAGCAAGAUCGUCAUCGACUUUGAUUCAAUUAACAGCAGACCAAGUCAAAAGCUUCUGUGAAUUAAGUCUCAUUAAGUCUCUAGAAGAGUGUGAUUAUCCUUUUCUAAAAAGCUGCUAAUGCCUUUCGUCUUGAAGUUACUUGCAACUUUUUAAUGGCUUCUGUAGCUAAAGUAGACUUCUAAGAAAUCCAAGGCAUAAAACGUCCCCCUCACUUCAUCUUGUCAUGUGAAAUCUAAAUCUACUUAAAAUUUUUUAAUGCCUUUAUCAAAACUGCUUAAAAAGCCUAGAGACUUGGAGAUGAGACAAUAUAAUUUGUGUAAAGAAAACUAUUCUGAUUCUUGCUGUAUUCAUCACCACAUGCCCUGAUAGGCUGUCAGCACUGAUUUGGACUGAGUUUAACUGUAACCAGUAGUACGUUGGAAGACGCUAAUAUAUGUUGAUCUCUCUAUUGGAUACGUGGAUCUAAAUAGUUGAUCCUAAUAAAGGACAAAAAACGUUAUAUGCGCAAAUACUAAUCUUUCGACUAGCAUAACACU